CAAUGGCGCCAGCACUAGGAAAGCGGAAGCGUGUCACGCGUGCAGAACUCGAGCAGUCCUCGCGGUCACCCUCGCCUUCGUCGGGCUCGGACGACGACUCGGAAGGCGAACAUCUCCAGGACAUCUUCCGGCGCGCGUUUGAAGCAAAGUUCAAGCCUCUGCCUACAGAACCCAAAAAGGCCAAGAUAGAAGGAACUCCGGUACAGGAAGACGAGUCGGAAGAAGAAGAAUCAGAUUGGUCAGGCAUAAGCGACCAUGAAAACGACGUCCAAGUGGUCGAAUACCACGACACACAGCACGAGCUCGACGAUACCGAACGCGCAGAAAUGAAAGCCUUCAUGUCGUCGAAACCGCCCACGUCAGUCUCGCGCAGCGCCGCGGCGGCGCAGAGCAGAAAGAAAAAAGACGACGCCGACGCCGCCGACGCGACCGAAGCCACGAAUCUCAAAAACGACCUUGCGCUGCAAAAACUGCUUCGCGAAUCGCACCUCCUCUCCGCCUCUUCCUCGGGCACCUCGACACCCAGCGCCCUCACCGCCACGGGUGUCGACCGCCAUAAAUCCAUGGACUUGCAUCUCCAGUCACUCGGCGCAAAGGGCUCCAUCUUUACGCAGAAAAAGAUGCCCAUGGCGCAGCGCAAGCACAUGGAGCUCAAGGCGCGCACAACAGAGGCAAAGCGCAGGGCAGAGGCCAAGGAGGCGGGUAUCGUGUUGGAGCGGGAGAACAAAUCCGCGUCAGGCAAGAAGGUGGAGAGGAAGAGGGACAGGGGCGUUGGCGGACCUAGCAUAGGCAAGUUUAGGGGUGGCACGUUGAGUUUGAGCAAAAAGGAUGUUAGGAGUAUUACUGGUGGGGGUAGUGCCAAGAGUAAGGGGAAGAAGGGGAAGAGGUGAGGAGGAGGCUAGAGUGUAAAUGAUACCCAGUUUAUGAAGCAAU